ACUAUGUUUAUACAGAUUUUUUGAAUAAGAUGAGUAGUUAUAUUUGGGAUCAGAAAAAUCAAGCAUCUUAUAAUUUAGAAUUGAGGGAUUACCAAUUAACCAAUGUUAGAUAAUUCGAAUAUUAAUUCUUAAAUUUCUAUCCCUAGUCUUUGGGCUUCUACACAAACGACAAGACAGUAGAACAGAACUACUCCUGCCAUCGUUUUGCACAAAGGAGCCACUGCGCGCACGCACAAACGACCGUACCUGCACUGGACUCGCCCCGGAACCGGAAGCUCUCGAUCGGUGCACAAGGAUGCACCGCCGCCGUCCCCUCGUCCGCGAUCCGGAAAAGGUGAAAAGCAGGGCGAGGGCCGAGCCGCCGAGGGGAAGGGCAGCCGGAAGCGCCGUUCCAUGACCAAUCUUGCGUGUCAUCUUCCCUGUCCUUUUGCCUCCCAAAAGUUUCGUCGCCGACAUCAGAUAGAGAUAGAGAUCCACGGAAGCCACAUCAUCAUCACGAUAUCGAAGACUCGUUCUCAGGCGUCCCGACCCACAGAUUACACGUACCGCAGAAACAAACAAGCAAAAUCCGACGAACCAUAGAGUGAUUGAGAAAGGAUCGAGUCACAGGACCUGCCGAAAACUGAAACGAGGGAAAAGGGUCAAAAAAGGCAUGUGUACAUGAGUACGUGCUCAUCAGCAUAGUGGGUACACAUAGGCCAUGUGCUUACUCUCUCGUCAAUAAGUCCAGUAGUCUCACUGCACACAGAGUCUCUUCUUGGACGGGAUGGACAUGGCGCGCUACGAGUCGUGCUACCGGCACUGGAUCGCGGGCCAGGAGGCGGGGCUCGCCGAGCUGGAGGCGGCGUCGGCCAAUGCCGCCGCGGGCCGGGCGACGGACGCCGAGCUGCGGGCCGUGGUGGAGCGGUGCAUGCUCGGGUACCAGGACUACGCCACCCGCAGGCGCGCGCUGUCGCGGGAGGACGGCGCCGCCUUCUUCGCCCCGCCCUGGUGCACCGCCUUCGAGAACUCCCUGCUCUGGCUCGGGGGCUGCCGCCCGUCGCUCACCGUCCGCCUCCUCUACAACAUAUCCGGGGAAGGCCUGGAGGCGCAGGUGGAGGAGAUGCUCGGCGGCCUCACCCACGGCGUCAUCCCGACCGGAGCGCUGGGGAUCACCUCCGCGCAGCUGCUGCUCAUCAACGACCUCCACAGCCGGACGGUGCACCAGGAGAACGCCCUGACGGAUCGCCUCGCCACCCUGCAGGAGGACAUCGCCGACCGCCCGCUCCUGCCCAUCGUGAGGCAGCGCGGCGAGCUCGCCGCUGCGGCGGCACGGCAGGGCGGCGCUGUCCGCGGAAGCUGCGGCGGCGCGGUACGCCGGCUCGGGGUCGGGGCGGCCGGGCCAGGAGGAGGCGCGGACGCCGCGGUGGACGCGGCGCUGGACAGCUACGAGGCCGCGCUGGCGCGGCUGCUGGUGGAGGCCGACGAGCUGAGGAUGGCGACGUCGCGGACGCUGGCGACGGAGAUCCUGACGCCGCGGCAAGCGGUGGAGAUGCUGGCGGCGGGCAAGCACCUGCACCUCGCCGUCCGCGAAUGGAGCCGCCGCAGGGAAGCAGGAGCAGCUGCCGCGCAGCAACAGCUUAACGGGCCGAGCGCCGGGACGGCCGACAGCAGCACCUCCGCCACCGUCCGCCGGAUCGGAACCCAUGAAUGAAAGGCUUGCCAUUCCUCCCUCUCACCCUUUCCCGUGUGUAGCGUGGACACCAGUCACCUCUCUAGUACCGCCUGUAUGUGUUUCUAUAGACCCAUCAAUCGAUCACCCUAGUGCAUGCCGUCCAUUAAUUAAGAGUAUGUACAAAGUUGGUGCAUGCAUUUUUAAAUUAGCCGCCUCAACUAAUAUCCUAUAUUCCACCAUUUGUGUGUUUGCAUGAGUA